AAUGAAUAUUGAUAAUGAGGAGUGAUCUUAACCUAUUUAUUUGUUAGUUUCAAUCAAUAAUCUUCACAAAAUUUUACAAACUAAUUGAUAAAAUGUCUAAUAAAUUUUUAUAUUUUGCAUAUGGAAGCAAUAUGUUAAUGAAAAGAAUACAUAUUAAUAAUCCAACUGCAAUACGAAAAGAUAUUGGUUUUUUAAAGAAUUUCAGAUUAGAUUUUUUAACACAUUCAAAAAGAUGGGGUGGAUGCUCAGCAACAAUUGUACCCACGAAAGAUUAUGUUGUAUGGGGAGCAAUUUGGGAAUUAGAUGAAUGUAAUAUGUGUACUUUAGACAAUCAAGAAGGUGUUGCAGAUAAAUUAUACUUUCCAUUAGUAGUUGAUAUAGAAACGGUUACUGGUAAAAUAUUAAAAUGCAGAGUGUAUCAACAAUGCAAAAAUCCAGAUGAACAUAUAAAAUUACAUUUAUUACCAAUACACAGAAGACCUUCACCAUUAUAUUUAGAAACAAUAAUAAAAGGUGCAUAUGAAAGUCAUUUACCACACGAUUAUAUUAAAUUCUUAGAAACAAUUCCACCUAAUGGAUAUAUGGGAGAAUAUGAUAUUGGACUUCCUUUACAAGAAGUUUAGAUUCAAGAAUCUUAUGAUUCUUUAAAUGUUUCUGGACACGAGGAUCAUUCUCUAUUAAGUUAAGAGCUGUCUCAAGUGAUAAUUUUUCUAUUUCGUAUUUGAAUAUUUUAAUUGUUGUAUACAGUACACCAUUUAUCUGAUAAUAUAUAAAAUAUUACAAUUAAUGAUAUUUAUAUA